GUAUUCUUAAAAUUAUGGAUUCAGCCUUUAAGUUUCUUAGCAUUGAGCUUAUUGUAUUCUUAAAAUUAUAGGUUCAGACCUACUAUGCGGUGCAGUUUUAGAAUUUUUACCAGUCUCCGUCAGUUGGAAAGAUCUGAGCGUUGUCCCUCCUUUGUCAUACAUUCCGUAAGCAGAUAUUAUUGUCCAUGCCAUGUAUUUAAUAUUCGUGUGCUCAAAGACCAGGAUAGCAUUACUUAAACUCUCAGUUUCGAAGAUCAUUCCAAUCACUCCAUUUUUAACAGGGACACUUGACUAAAAUUGAACCUGAUAAUGCAUCCCAUUGAACUCUUUCCCCCGUCUUAUUGCUGCAAGCUACAAAUCUAAAAUGUAGGCAACAUCUGCCAUAAUUCCCUCUAGUUCUCAUUCUAUUGAACAUUGUGAACAUACCUCAAAUUGACUACCUGAAGCAAUAAGGAUAUUCCAUGUUAAAAUAUCUCUAGCAUUUAUGUUCUUGAACUGCCCCAAUGAAUGCUCCAUUUUUCCACCUUCGGCAAGCAUGUUUAUUAUGAUAUUGCUUGCAGUAGCAAUCCUCCACUUAUUUCCGGGCCAUUUGGUCUUAAUACAGCCAAAGGUCAUCAGGUUCUAGGAAACAACAUUUGGUACAGCUACUUUUACAAGUAGCUUGACCAACAAUCCAUUCUUAUGCACCAAUUACCACAAGAUUAUUCUUGUUUACACUAAGCUUAUUUGCCAAAUAAGUCUUUAGCCGAGGGUCUAUCGAAAACAGCCUCUCUGCCCUUCGAGGAUAGGGAUAAGGCUGCGUACAUCCUACCCUCCUCCCCAGACCCACUUACGGGAAUUCCCCGGGCCCACUUAUAGGAAUUCACUGGGCUUCUUGUUGUUGUUGUUGUUGUUUACAUUUGCCAAAGAGAAUGCGGAAAUGAGGCAUCUAAAUCCACCAGGAUCAUAUGGAAGAGUGGCUGCUAUUCGUAUUUGUGAGGUUGAAAAUUGCGCAACAAGGUAAUCUAAGGAGGACUUGCAAUUGUAGGCUUCACAACUGAUUCAACUUUCCAAGGAGGUGAAGUUCUUCUCACAAACUCAGUAUCAUUCCUUUCUUCCUCUUUGUAAACUCUGUCAUUUUCAAACAGAGCACCAUUCUUAGUUAGUGACACCAAUUUCUCAACCUUCAGGCUGCUGCAAUUAUCAAUUUUCACCUCCUUAAAUUCUCCAACACCCUUCUCAUCAUUGGAACACAUUUCUACAUUCUGAUAUGCUUCAAUCUCAAUGUUUUCUUCGUUAAUUCUUGCAAUCAUGUUAAGUGAUUCAUUCAGUUUUACCACUGUUUCUGAAUGAUAAAAAGCAAGAACAUUCUCAUGACAAGUAUCCUCUGCUCCAUCAUUUUGUGAAUACUCACUAAUUAAUGAAACUCCAAAACUCCUAUCUCACUUUAGCAUUUCCUCAAGCAUUUGUGAGCCUUCUUCAUAGAAUUUUCCCGUGCCUGAAAUCGAGAAAAGUCUUAAGGGUUCGGAAUUCACCUUCUUAAUUUGGGAAACUAACAAGGCUUUCUCUCCUUCAAUGGCUUGGCUUCAGCCAAUCGCUCCCUCUUCUGUGAAAUUCUGUCUCAUCCAUAUAUUCGGCUCACAAGAUGGAAACAUUCUUUCCUUCAAUGGCGCGGCUACUUCAGAUAUAUUCCUCUUCCACAAGCUUUGGAAUACCAACUGACGACCCAACAACAGUAGAAUUCUGUUCAACCUUUGUUAAUCUCGUCUCGUCCGGCAAGGGUGCAACAUUACUGAAAUUAGUGGCAACAGAAGCAAUAAAUUCUGAAUCAGUUGCUUGCUCAAUCAACUGUACACAAUUCUCCUUGCUAUUGCUACUGUCCUCCUCAUCAGUUGGCAUUUCAUCGAACAGUUGUGCGCAUAUUUUUGAAGACUUGUUUUCCCAUACACAGUUAGUGAUGAGGUUUCUCUGUCUCGUUCUAAUAGAGUAGAAACUAGCAUCGGGCCUUCCAUAGGAGCAGGACUUCUUAGAUAGAAUAGUGAGGGACUGUCAACAUGUAUAUAAAACAGGUCAUCAUCGAAGGGUUUAAGAGCUAUCGGGAACAAGUAGCCACUGAAGAUUUCAGUCCGAAAGUUAACUGUGUUGUUGGCGCGAAUGGAUCUGGCAAGUCGAACUUUUUCCAUGCAAUUCGUUUUGUCGUAAGUGACCUCUUUCAGAACCUGCACAAUGAAGAAAGGCAGGCUUUUCUUCAUGAGGGAGCAGGUCACCAAGUAUUAUCUGCUUUUGUGGAAAUUGUAUUUGAUAAUUCAGACAAUCGAAUGCCGGUUGAUAAGGAGGAAGUGCGGCAGAGAAGAACAAUCGGUCUCAAGAAGGAUGAGUAUUUCUUGGACGGUAAACAUAUCACGAAGAAAGAGGUCCAGAAUUUGCUGGAAAGUGCUGGGUUCUCUCGGUCCAAUCCCUAUUAUGUUGUGCAGCAGGGAAAGAUAGCGUCAUUGACGUUAAUGAAAGAUUCAGAACGGCUUGAUCUGUUGAAGGAAAUUGGAGGGGCGCAUGUUUAUGAGGAGAGGCGUCGAGAAAGUUUAAAACUCAUGCAGGAAACUGGUAACAAGAGAAAGCAAAUAAUUCAAGUUUUACAAUACUUGGACGAGAAAUUGAAUGAGCUUGAACAAGAGAAGGACGAACUUAAAAAAUAUCAACAGCUUGACAAGCAGCGCAAAUCUCUGGAAUACACGAUUUUUGACAAAGAACUUCACGACGCACGCCAGAAAUUGAAUGAGGUAGAAGAGGCUCGGAAGAAGGUGUCUGAGAACUCUACUACGAUGUAUAAGGCUCACGAAAAGUCCAAGGAGUUAGAGAAGUUGUCCAAAGAUCUGACAAAAGAAAUUCAAAAUUUAAGCAAGGGAAAAGAAGCAGUACAGAAACAGCGGACAGAGGCUAUCAGAAAGCGCGCCAAGCUUGAUCUUGAUUAUAAAGACCUUCAAGAGAAGAUGUCUACAAAUAUUAAAGCUAAAGAUGAUGCACAAAAACAACUCAUGCUUCUGGAGAGAGAAAUUCAGGAAACAAAGAAUGCUCUCAAUGAUAUCAGGCCUUUGCAUGAGAAACAAAUAAAAGAGGAGGAGGACAUUACUAGAGGGAUUAUGGAUCGUGAAAUGAAAGUUAGCAUUCUUUACCAGAAACAAGGCCGCGCCACCCAAUUUGCCAACAAAGCUGCUAGGGACAAAUGGCUCCAGAAGGAAAUUGAUGAAUAUGAACAAGUUUUAUCUUCAAACUCAACGCAGGAGAGAAAGCUUAAAGAUGAAAUUGAUCAGCUCAAUAAGGACAUGAGAGAUCUAGAUGAUAUAAUCAACCAUCGUAAAGUUGAAGCAGACAAAAAAGAAUCCCUCAUAUCUGGUUAUCUAAAAGCGUAUAAUCAGUAUAAAGUGGAGAGAGACAAGCUGCAUGAUGAGCGGAAGUCCAUGUGGAAACAGGAAACUGAGCUCACUACUGAAAUUGAACGGCUCAAGGCUGAAGUUAUGAAGGCUGAGAAAAGCCUAGAUCAUGCAAUUCCUGUUGUGAGUAACCACUAUAACAUGUCAUCUAUGUAACAUUCUUGGGUUAUGUAGUUCCAAUCUUAUAAGCUUGGUACUUUUUGUUUUGCCCGUGAUUUCAUCAAUGAUAAGUAAUCUGGUCUUCUAAUAUUUAACGCCCGAUUGCCAAAUGUCCUGGCAUGAAGUCUAUAUGAUU